AAACACUUAUAAAACCCAUCAGAUCUUGUGAGAACUCACUCACUAUCAUGAGAACAGCAUGGGGGAAACCGCCGCUGUAAUUCAACCCCUCUCUCCACACGUGGGGAUCGUGGGGAUUAUAAUUCAAGAUGAAAUUUGGUGGGGGACACAGCCAACCCAUAUCAGGAGAGUUAGGCAGAGAUACCUGACCAGGUAGAUAAAGGAGCACGUAAUGAUGGAGGUAGGCGCUCAAUACAGGCAAUCAGAUUUGGAGCUGCUUUGUUCUGAGUUUCUGUAUUUUAUUCUCUUUUCCAGUGAAAACUGCAUCUGCACACACACACACACACACACACGCACACACACUGCAAACAUGUUCUUGUUCUUUUUGAACUCCGGUGAGGACUAAGUGGCACCCAUUGUCCUUAGUUAGGUUUCUUUCUCUAGAUCCAUGGAGCACCGGAUAGGAGAGCCAGUGAACCCGCCUGAUGUUAAAACUGCAGGGCUACGUUUUCGUUUUCCUGGCUCGGCACAGCUGUGCACUGCCUGAAGCGCUCUUCUUCUCUGUUACCUGCCUUGAGAAAUUCUCUUAAUAGUCCUCAGCUUCAGCAUGGUCAACUCUAAACCCCUUACGCGUUGUAGUCAAACAGAGCUUAUUUUAAAUUUCAAGUUUGCUUGGAUGGCCUUGGACAAGUUAUUACCUGCCUUGAGGCUGGCUUUUCUCGUGCAUGUAUAAGAAGAUGAGAUUUUUUUUUUUUAAUUUUUUGGUUAGGGCUGUUGUAAAGAUCAAAUAAAAUAUAAUUACUAAGUAUCCCAAACAUAGUAUAUAUCCGUAGCCAUUAGUUCCUCACCUUCCUUUAAGACUCAAUCCAAGUGCUAAUCAAAUGGGAAGUCUCACAGUCCACUCAGGGAUCUUCAGGUACCACCUGCCUUUAUAACAGUUCUUCUCACAUUGUAUUGCACUUACUUGCUAUUUGAGUCCUGAGGACUGACAUACAAUAGCCCCCCUUCAAGUGACUGCUGAGUUGUGGAAGGCGAUAGCAAUGGCCACAAGGAGGUGAUGUCUGUCACAGGAUGUAGAUGUUUCAGAAUUGUGGAAAUUUAAGCAGUAAGCUGGCAUCUCAUCUCCCACCUCAAUGUAAUUUCAUGAAAAAUUUACUUCAGAGUAGCUGGAAGAAUUUAGAUAAUUACUGCAUUCAUUUAAAAAAAUCUCCUUUUAGAGGAGGUUCUUCCCGCAUUCUUUCUGGCCUCACUCCCCUCUGGGGAGGACAAAAUUGGGAAAUCAGCUUGGGACUACUGUUGGAAGUAAGAGACGUCUGUGAAUGUCAUGUUAAAUUAACACUGGGGAAAUCAUGGGGAAGAUCUGUGCAUUUCGUCUGUAUUAGUCAGCAGUGUUCCAGCACAGAGCACCUGUAUGUGGAGACAGCUUUAGGUAUAAGAGCAUAUAUCUAAAAAGAUUUUCCCAAUAAUGUGUCUGCCCUAAGAAGCAAACCAUUUUACUCUAUCUAUUCUAAAUCACUAGCCUCUAAACUGCUUAUGAAGUGCAUAAAAUAAUCUAUUGCAUUGGGAGAAAAAAAAUCAAGCUUCUAUUGGUAUUAAUUUUGUCUCAUCCUUUUAAGUUUCUAUUUUCAUGUGUUCUUUAUACACUAUGGAAUAGAACACAUGUAUGCCUUACAAAUACAUAGAUCUAUGUGGGGAACUCAAUUUUUUGAUGAGAGGAAAGAUGGUUUAGAUGACAAAUACAACUUUUCCUUUUCCCAGACUGUGGUUUUGUGCUUGCUCACCAAAGCUAACCUCAGCAUGCUCAAAAGGAAGCAGAGUUCCAGGGUGGAAGCCCAGCCAGUCACUGACUUUGGUCCUGAUGAGUCUCUGUCGGAUAACGCUGACAUCCUCUGGAUUAACAAACCAUGGGUUCACUCUUUGCUGCGCAUCUGUGCCAUCAUCAGCGUCAUUUCUGUUUGUAUGAAUACACCAAUGACCUUCGAGCACUAUCCUCCACUUCAGUAUGUGACCUUCACUUUGGAUACAUUAUUGAUGUUUCUCUACACAGCAGAGAUGAUAGCAAAAAUGCACAUCCGGGGCAUUGUCAAGGUGUUUGAAAUUGCUGAUAUAGUUGAUCAGAUGUCACCUUGGGGCAUGUUGAGGAUUCCACGGCCACUGAUUAUGAUCCGAGCAUUCCGAAUUUAUUUCCGAUUUGAACUGCCAAGGACCAGAAUUACAAAUAUUUUAAAGCGAUCAGGAGAACAAAUAUGGAGUGUUUCCAUUUUCCUACUUUUCUUUCUACUUCUUUAUGGAAUUUUAGGAGUUCAGAUGUUUGGAACAUUUACUUAUCACUGUGUAGUAAAUGACACAAAACCGGGGAAUGUAACCUGGAAUAGCUUAGCUAUUCCAGACACACACUGCUCACCAGAGCUAGAAGAAGGCUACCAGUGCCCACCUGGAUUUAAAUGCAUGGACCUUGAAGAUCUGGGACUUAGCAGGCAAGAGCUGGGCUACAGUGGCUUUAAUGAGAUAGGAACCAGUAUAUUCACCGUCUAUGAGGCCGCCUCACAGGAAGGUUGGGUGUUCCUCAUGUACAGAGCAAUUGACAGCUUUCCCCGUUGGCGUUCCUACUUCUAUUUCAUCACUCUCAUUUUCUUCCUCGCCUGGCUUGUGAAGAACGUGUUUAUUGCUGUUAUCAUUGAAACAUUUGCAGAAAUCAGAGUACAGUUUCAACAAAUGUGGGGAUCAAGAAGCAGCACUACUUCAACAGCCACCACCCAGAUGUUUCAUGAAGAUGCUGCUGGAGGUUGGCAGCUGGUAGCUGUGGAUGUCAACAAGCCCCAGGGACGCGCCCCAGCCUGCCUCCAGAAAAUGAUGCGAUCAUCGGUUUUCCACAUGUUCAUCCUGAGCAUGGUGACCGUCGACGUGAUCGUGGCGGCUAGCAACUACUACAAAGGAGAGAACUUCAGGAGGCAGUACGACGAGUUCUACCUGGCGGAGGUGGCUUUUACAGUACUGUUUGAUUUGGAAGCACUUCUGAAGAUAUGGUGUUUGGGAUUUACUGGAUACAUUAGCUCAUCUCUCCACAAAUUCGAGCUACUACUCGUAAUUGGAACUACUCUUCAUGUAUAUCCAGAUCUUUAUCAUUCACAAUUCACCUACUUUCAGGUUCUCCGAGUAGUUCGGCUGAUUAAGAUUUCACCUGCAUUAGAAGACUUCGUGUACAAGAUAUUCGGUCCUGGAAAAAAGCUUGGGAGUUUGGUUGUAUUUACUGCCAGCCUCUUGAUUGUUAUGUCAGCAAUAAGUUUGCAGAUGUUCUGCUUUGUCGAAGAACUGGACAGAUUUACUACGUUUCCAAGGGCAUUUAUGUCCAUGUUCCAGAUCCUCACCCAGGAAGGAUGGGUGGACGUAAUGGACCAAACUCUAAAUGCUGUGGGACAUAUGUGGGCACCUGUAGUUGCCAUCUAUUUCAUUCUCUAUCACCUUUUUGCCACUCUGAUCCUCCUGAGUUUGUUUGUUGCUGUUAUUUUGGACAACUUAGAACUUGAUGAAGACCUAAAGAAGCUUAAACAAUUAAAGCAAAGUGAAGCAAAUGCAGACACCAAAGAAAAGCUCCCUUUGCGCCUGCGAAUCUUUGAAAAAUUUCCAAACAGACCACAAAUGGUGAAAAUCUCAAAGCUUCCUUCAGAUUUUACAGUUCCUAAAAUCAGGGAGAGUUUUAUGAAGCAGUUUAUCGACCGCCAGCAACAGGACACAUGUUGCCUCCUGAGAAGCCUCCCUUCCACCUCUUCCUCGUCCUGCGACCACUCCAAACGCUCAGCAAUUGAGGACAACAAAUACAUCGACCAAAAACUUCGCAAGUCUGUUUUCAGCAUCAGGGCAAGGAACCUUCUAGAAAAGGAGACCGCAGUCACUAAAAUCUUAAGCAAGAGGCCAUUACCGACGAGCUCACCCAUUAGCAUCCGCUGUUGUCUCUACUUGGGAAGAUCACAUUGUCACUCUAGUGGAGUCAGAGCUUGCACCCGACAGCGCAUGCUGAGUGGAUCAUUCGAGGGGCAGCCGGCAAAGGAGAGGUCAAUCCUCAGCGUGCAGCAUCAUAUCCGCCAAGAGCGCAGGUCACUAAGACAUGGAUCAAACAGCCAGAGGAUCAGCAGGGGAAAAUCUCUUGAAACUUUGACUCAAGAUCAUUCCAAUACAGUGAGAUACAGAAAUGCACAGAGAGAAGACAGUGAGAUAAAGAUGAUUCAGGAGAAAAAGGAGCAAGCAGAGAUGAAAAGGAAAGUGCAAGAAGAGGAACUCAGAGAGAACCACCCGUACUUCGAUAAGCCCCUGUUCAUCGUCGGGAGAGAACACAGGUUCAGAAACUUUUGCCGGGUGGUGGUCCGAGCACGCUUCAACGCAUCUAAAACAGACCCUGUCACAGGAGCUGUGAAAAAUACAAAGUACCAUCAACUUUAUGAUUUGCUGGGAUUGGUCACUUACCUGGACUGGGUCAUGAUCAUCGUAACCAUCUGCUCUUGCAUUUCCAUGAUGUUUGAGUCCCCGUUUCGAAGAGUCAUGCAUGCACCUACUUUGCAGAUUGCUGAGUAUGUGUUUGUUAUAUUCAUGAGCAUUGAGCUUAAUCUGAAGAUUAUGGCAGAUGGCUUAUUUUUCACUCCAACUGCUGUCAUCAGAGACUUUGGUGGAGUAAUGGACAUAUUUAUUUAUCUUGUGAGCUUGAUAUUUCUUUGUUGGAUGCCUCAAAAUGUACCUGCUGAAUCGGGAGCUCAGCUCCUAAUGGUCCUUCGGUGCCUGAGGCCUCUGCGCAUAUUCAAACUGGUGCCCCAGAUGAGGAAAGUUGUUCGAGAACUUUUCAGCGGCUUCAAGGAAAUUUUUUUGGUCUCCAUUCUUUUGCUGACAUUAAUGCUCGUUUUUGCAAGCUUUGGAGUUCAGCUUUUUGCUGGAAAACUGGCAAAGUGCAAUGAUCCCAACAUUAUUAGAAGGGAAGACUGCAAUGGCAUAUUCAGAAUUAAUGUCAGUGUGUCAAAGAACUUAAAUUUAAAAUUGAGGCCCGGAGAGAAAAAGCCUGGAUUUUGGGUUCCCCGUGUUUGGGCAAAUCCUCGGAACUUUAAUUUCGACAAUGUGGGAAACGCUAUGCUGGCAUUGUUUGAAGUUCUCUCCUUGAAAGGCUGGGUGGAAGUGAGGGAUGUUAUUAUUCAUCGUGUGGGGCCGAUCCAUGGAAUCUAUAUUCAUGUUUUUGUAUUCCUGGGUUGCAUGAUUGGACUGACCCUUUUUGUUGGAGUAGUUAUUGCUAAUUUCAAUGAAAACAAGGGGACGGCUUUGCUGACCGUCGAUCAGAGAAGAUGGGAAGACCUGAAGAGCCGACUGAAGAUCGCACAGCCUCUUCAUCUCCCACCUCGCCCGGAUAAUGAUGGUUUUAGAGCUAAAAUGUAUGACAUAACCCAGCAUCCAUUUUUUAAGAGGACAAUUGCAUUACUCGUCCUGGCCCAGUCGGUGUUGCUCUCUGUCAAGUGGGACGUCGAGGACCCGGUGACCGUACCUUUGGCAACAAUGUCAGUUGUUUUCACCUUCAUCUUUGUUCUGGAGGUUACCAUGAAGAUCAUAGCAAUGUCACCUGCUGGCUUCUGGCAAAGCAGAAGAAACCGAUACGAUCUCCUGGUGACGUCACUUGGCGUUGUAUGGGUGGUGCUUCACUUUGCCCUCCUGAAUGCAUAUACCUACAUGAUGGGCGCUUGUGUGAUUGUAUUUAGGUUUUUCUCCAUCUGUGGAAAACAUGUAACGCUAAAGAUGCUCCUCUUGACAGUGGUCGUCAGCAUGUACAAGAGCUUCUUUAUCAUAGUAGGCAUGUUCCUCUUGCUGCUGUGUUACGCUUUUGCUGGAGUUGUUUUGUUUGGUACUGUGAAAUAUGGGGAGAACAUUAACAGGCAUGCAAACUUUUCUUCGGCUGGCAAAGCUAUUACCGUACUGUUCCGAAUUGUCACAGGUGAAGACUGGAACAAGAUUAUGCAUGACUGUAUGGUUCAGCCUCCUUUUUGUACUCCAGAUGAAUUUACAUACUGGGCAACAGACUGUGGAAACUAUGCUGGGGCACUUAUGUAUUUCUGCUCAUUUUAUGUCAUCAUUGCCUACAUCAUGCUAAAUCUGCUUGUAGCCAUAAUUGUUGAGAAUUUCUCCUUGUUUUAUUCCACUGAGGAGGACCAGCUUUUAAGUUACAACGAUCUUCGCCACUUUCAAAUCAUAUGGAACAUGGUGGAUGAUAAAAGAGAGGGGGUGAUCCCCACAUUCCGUGUCAAGUUCCUGCUGCGGCUGCUGCGUGGGAGGCUGGAGGUGGACCUGGACAAGGACAAGCUCCUGUUUAAGCACAUGUGCUACGAAAUGGAGAGGCUCCACAACGGCGGCGACGUCACCUUCCACGACGUCCUGAGCAUGCUUUCAUACCGGUCCGUGGACAUCCGGAAGAGCUUGCAGCUGGAGGAGCUCCUGGCGAGGGAGCAGCUGGAGUACACCAUAGAGGAGGAGGUGGCCAAGCAGACCAUCCGCAUGUGGCUCAAGAAGUGCCUGAAGCGCAUCAGAGCUAAACAGCAGCAGUCAUGCAGUAUCAUCCACAGCCUGAGAGAGAGUCAGCAGCAAGAGCUCAGCCGGUUUCUGAACCCGCCCAGCAUCGAGACCACCCAGCCCAGUGAAGACACGAAUGCCAACAGUCAGGACAACAGCAUGCAACCCGAGACAAGCAGCCAGCAGCAGCUCCUGAGCCCCACACUGUCAGAUCGAGGAGGAAGUCGGCAAGAUGCCGCCGAUGCAGGGAAACCCCAGAGGAAGUUUGGGCAGUGGCGUCUGCCCUCAGCACCAAAACCAAUAAGCCAUUCAGUGUCCUCAGUCAACUUACGGUUUGGAGGGAGGACAACCAUGAAAUCUGUCGUGUGCAAAAUGAACCCCAUGACUGACGCGGCUUCCUGUGGUUCUGAAGUUAAGAAGUGGUGGACCCGGCAGCUGACUGUGGAGAGCGACGAAAGUGGGGAUGACCUUCUGGAUAUUUAGGUGGAUGUCCAUGUGGAUGAAUUUCUAGUGGUGAAAACUGUUUUCUAGUAAUUUCCUUGAUUGUCCAGUGAGCAAUCUGUAAUUGAUCUAUAGCUGAAUUCCAACUUGUCACAAGAUUUUUAUAAACUGAUGUUCAUCUUGCCGCAGAAAGGCAUAAGCUGCAUGUAUGAUAGAUCACUAUCACUGCUCAAAAAAUUUUUGUAGACUGACUGUACUAAUAAUAUUAGAAACGAUACAGCAAGCAAAUGUAUAUCACUCAAAACUGUCAUAUAUUCUGUGUAAACUAAGGUAUAUAUUCAUAUGUGCUCUAAUGCAGUAUUAUCACCACCCCCCAAAAGAGUGCUAAGCCCAAAGUGGCUGAUAUUUAGGGUACACGGGUUAUAGCUUUAGUUCACAUCUUUCCCAUUUCCGCUAGAAAUAUUUCUCUUGAGAGAAUUUAUUAUUUAUGAUUGAUCUGAAAAGGUCAGCGCUAAACUUAUGCUAAAAUGAUAGUAGUUUUACAAACUACAGAUUCUUCUUUUUCUCACGUUAUAUUUUAAAAUAUACACAAGACAUUUGGCGACCAGAACAAGUUGAUUUCUCUCCUCAGUUAUGCUAAUGAAACUGUUGCCUCCUUCCGAGAAAACUGCGUAUGCAAGCACCAGGCAAAGAAAUGGACUCAGGAUGCUUACUGGUUUAUAACAAACCUGUAGAUAGAUCACGUGAGUGACACAGUUGUGCAAAGAUGUUAAGUUUCUUAAGAAGCCUUUUAAUAACUCAGUUUAGCAAAAAGAAUAAAACUGUAUAGCUCAAUUUAUUUUUAAAAAAUCUUUGCAUGUGUGAUGUUAUUGUUGGUUUCAUUUCUUACCCAAGGUAUGUCUGUUUUGCCACAAAUCAACUGAGUCAUUUCAUUAUGGGUUGCUCCUAACACACUAUUGCUAUGUUACAUUUGAAAUGACAUCUCUGUUACCAGAAUCUCCUAUGGAAAUAAUGUGAAAUGACAUCUCUGUUACCAGAAUCUCCUAUGGAAAUAAUGGUGCCCUGCAAAAUCUUCCUCUGAACUCACAGGUUAGGGAUCACACAACUUAAUCAUUUUUCGUUUUUGUUUUUUUGUAUUUUUUUUUCCUUAUAUGUCAGUGGCCCAUGUCCUCUGGGAAAAUUAGAAAAGCCAAAUGAUUACAAAGUGCUGUUAGAUUUCUUGUGCUGGGUUGGCCAAGUAGAAGUGGACUCAGACCUUCAACUAUUUUAUUACAGAUUGGACAUUUGCUGUUCAGAUGUGUUUUAGCAGAGGGAUUAUCUCAGAACCCUCUGACCUCCAGGUUGCUUUAUGAUCUAUUUUUCUCUAUCUAACAUUCCUCAGACAGGCAAAUAGCACAUUCCUUCUGUGUCACAGAUGUGUCAUGGUGAUGGCAAGCUACAGUUUAUAUGAUUCAUUGUAACCAUGAGAUAAAGAACAACCAGUCCGUGUGGCCAAAAGGAUUAGAUUUGAUUUGAUGUUCACUUGGAGUUUACUUUUUGUACAUACAAGAUAAAAUAAAUAUUGGAUUUGUAAAAUAAUU